AUGAACCUGGCACGAGAAAGACACAUACACGAUAAGACGUUGGGGUCGUUUGAGAGAACAAGAAGAAGGAUGAAAAGUGCAACAAGUUUAGCCGCGGAGCACACCCGCAAGUGGACACGUUUGACAGCUCUUUAUGUUAGCAGCGACUCCGAAAUGCCCAGCUGCAGGCGUGACUGAAAACGUCACCGCGCGCUCUCUUGUUUAUACUCGGUGAUACGCGGCUCGGCCCAACCGUGUAAUGGUCUCCUCCUCGUCGCGCGGAGGCAUGCGACGCGAUGCACGUGUGUGACAUCGUUUCGCCGAUACCCGACUCGACUUCCUGGCCGUAUCUAUGAGAGCUCCCGGCCGCGGAACGGUCGACAUUACGGCGACGACAUCAACAGCAUACCCGAAGAAUGACGGAAGAUGAGAGGCAAAUUAGGAUGGCCGCUGAAGCUAUACUAAGUGGCUCUAUCAACUCGCAAAGGAGUUCGGUUACACAGCAUAGCAUGGCGAGAACGCCAGAUAUCGUUCUCGGCGAAGAUCUAAUUGCAGGAGCAAGACACAACGGCAGAAUGUCGAAUGUUAGACGUUUCUUCUGCCUCUUCAUCACCUUCGAUCUUCUUCUUACAUUCCUCAUGUGGCUCAUUUGUACAAUGAUUGCAGGUGAAAGUUUAAGUGUAGCUUUCAUAGAUCAGGUGAUACACUAUCAUAUAAAGACGUCUUUGUUUGACAUUGUAAUGGCAGCGAUUUGCAGGUUCACGGUCUUGUUGCUCUUUUACGCGCUACUGUAUCUCGAUCAUUGGAUUAUCGUAGCUAUAUCAACUGCCACAACAUGUGCCUUUUUAAUUGCCAAAGUUUUCCUUUUCGAUUGGAAAUCAGCUAACCAACCAGUAUUUCAAGUUCUGCUGAUCUUGACGUCUUUUGUGUUAGCAUGGGCAGAGGCUUGGUUCUUUGAUUUUCGCGUGAUACCUCAGGAAACUCAAGCAAGAGAUUGGAUUCGAAGCUUUCCGGAUACAGAAAGAACUCCAUUAUUACAAGGCAUUGUUACUCAAGCACGACAGUAUGCGGCAAAUGUCGAUCACAUGAAUACAUUUUUCACACCUGUGGAGUCCCCAACUCAUUCUGACGAUGAAGACAUUCCCAGGAAACAAGGAGACUCGAGUAAGCUCUCAAGAUCCAGUGAAUUAUUUAAGUUCCUAAUAAAACUUACACCCGACAAGAUCAAUGAGUAUAAAACCAAGGCAUCUAACAUACUACAAAAUUGUCAUGACUUGUUAACAUCUAAAGAAUGGAAAGACCCAAUUCUGACAAACGACGGCGAUGAGGUGUCCUGCAUGCAGCUUCCACCAGAAUGGAAAGUAGACGGAAAAGUCCUAAAGAUCACGGGUAUCGUCGACGCACCUGCUAGCCUACUGAUAGAUUUAUUAUAUGAUAAUAUCGAGGAACAAACUUUAUGGAAUAAACUCGUGACAGAAUCGAUAAAACUACAGAAUAUUGACGAAAACACGGAUAUUGUUUACCAAGCAACAAGUCCUUUCGGCGGCGGGCUCAUUACGGCACGAGAUUUCGUUAUUUUAAGACAUCGUAAGAAGUGUGGCAAUUACUAUAUCUCUGGUGGUGUAUCGGUUACUACCGAGUCAGUUCAAAUUCGCCCAAACGUGACAAGGGGUGAAAAUGGUAUAAGCUGUUUCGCAACAGAGGAAUUACCCGACGAAAUUAAUAAAUGUCGUUUCACAUGGAUUCUGAAUACAAAUUUCAAAGGUUGGAUACCACAAACCGUCGUGGAUAAAUCUGUAUCUACUGGUCUGGUAGAGUUCAUGACAUAUUUAAGGGAAUUUUUGAAUGAUAUGCAAAAACCGUCAAUUUAGUACAGUGUUGCUCAUAAAACUGUAUUACUUACUUGCUUUUUAUGCAUUAUGUUAGAUUUAUGUAUUUUUUUUUCUAUUCAGUAUACAUUGACAUACGGAAAGAAAAAGAAAUAUUAAAAUUUACAUUAUUAUUAACGUGAUAGAAUAUGUUUUAUAAUGAUUCGGAAGUGUAUCUUUCAAAAAAUUUAAAACACUUCGAGUGUCAUACAAUUCCCAAGUGAGUAGCAUUUAAGAAAAAAAUAGAAUUUAUUUACUAGUGAUUGAAGUCAACUUUAUGAAAUGGUUAUAAUUUUACAAUUUAUAUAAGAGUAUGUUCCAAUUACAUUUGUAAAUGAAUUAGUCUCCCCAAUAUUUUUAAUGUAAAAACUUUCUUGAUAUCAGCACAUGAAUUAUCUACAUACUAUGUAGCUUUAUUUUCAAAAUUGUACGCUAUUUUUGUCACCUAAUUUCAUUUCCAGACGUAGUAGACGAACGACAAAGGAACAUACCUGGUCUGUUCUAAUCAUCCUUUCCUUUAUAAAGCAUGUAGUAAUAAUUAAGAACUAUACAUAUAUUAUGUGCUUUUUAUAAGUGCCUACGAGUGUUCGGUUAAGUAUCUUUCGACGUAUAAUGUACAUAACAUCACAAAUAUGACAUAUGUAUGUGUUUAAUAUGCGCAAUGGCAUCUCGCAUGCGUGUAUCAUAUAUCACGCAACAAUAUAUAUAUAUAUAUAAAACUUUGUUUUCUUUUUUUUAACGCAUUUGUUUCGAUAUUAUGUACGGUUCGUUAGUUUUUCGCUUCCUUCAAUUUUAUGAAUUUCAGUAAAGCCUAACGUAUUGAUAAGGUAUAUGUAACGUGCAUUUAAAUGAAACAUGCAGUCAUUAAAUGAAUGUCGUUGAGAUUAAUAAGAUGUGCGUUUGAACAAUUUCGUACAAUUAAUGAGAAUGAAAAAACGCACACUAUUUUCGUAGGUUUAAUCAGGCGUAUUUUAUUUUCGUGAAAAUUGCGGAAAACAAUUCUACGUUUAUUCCUGAUCAUUUUUUCAUUCAAUUAGCUUUAGGUCAGUGAUAUGAGUGAUAAUAUAAUAAUAGAAUGUCCGCCUGGUCCGAUAGCGUUUAAUUGUGCAAUUUUGAAUGAUACGAUAUGUUUAUACGGAGAUAAAACGUAAUGAUAAUUUGUGAGCACGCUUCCAAGUUCGAGGAAUCUUUUGCCCUAUUUACGUCAUCUCCGUUCAUGUGAUUGAUAUGUAAUUUUGUUACCUAGUGUAUAACAAACGCAGAAUGUUAUGGAAUAAAUGAAUUUAUUAGAAAGAAUAAUGAUAGAAUGAUAUAUUAGAAAGAAGAGCAAUGCAGUGAUGACAUGUUGAUAUUUAUCGAUACUUUCCAAAAAAAAUGAGCUGUUUUUUUUAACUGAGGAGACAACCUUAAACGAAAGUCAAUUGGCCUAUUUUACCGUAAUUUAAGGAAUUAAGAGUGUUAUAUAAUUUUAUAAUUUAUUAGAAAUUUGUUAAAUUUGAAACAGAAAAGGAGAGACAGAGAAAGAGCGUGUAUGUGUGUGUGUGAGAGAGAGAGAAGAUAAUAUCUUAAACCACGAGUCAAAAGGUUAAUUUCAUUUACCGAGUGUGUAUAUAUAAAUAUAUAAAUAAGUAUAUUAAUAGUUACACGAUCUCAUAAGAUCGAAAAUACUAUAAUAAUGUUAUUUUUAAGCUCUUCAAUGUAUAAUGUAUCUCGAUUUUAUACACAACGUAUCCAUCUAAUCAAACAUCUUCUCGUUUUUAGACAUUUCACGCGUUAUGAUCUACUCUUGUAAUUUAAAAAAGACUGCAUGAAUUUUGACAUAUGACUAUACCACCUAGCGACAGAGCAUGCGUACGUUUAGAUGUCUUUAAAAAAAAGGAAAGAUAUAAAUACUAUUUUAUUUAUAUAUGUUCGUAAUACUAUAUACAAAAUAGCAAUGUGUAUUAAGGUUUUGUAUGUAUCGUUUAUCGUUUAUGUAUGUCGCACGUGCAAAGUACACAUCUUGCAUGUUUCCUGUGGAGAUACCUGCGCGACUACGUGGUACUACGUUAAAUAGGUCAACGAUGUGUCUCGGCAAGGUAGACUAAGGAUAGAAUGAUCCAAGAUGAUUUUAUAUAAGUUCGACUGGGAUUCGAAUGUAAAGAUUUUUAGUCCUAGGUCAAUAAAUGCGAAGGAAGAUCGCG